AGGUCAGUAAACAAUUUCCUGAUGACUGGUCCAAAAGCUUACCUGAUCUACUCCAGCAGUGUGGCAGCAGGUGCUCAGAGUGGUAUUGAAGAAUGCAAAUACCAGUUUGCCUGGGACCGCUGGAACUGCCCUGAGAGAGCCUUGCAACUUUCCAGCCAUGGUGGACUUCGAAGUGCUAAUCGGGAGACAGCAUUUGUACAUGCCAUCAGUUCUGCUGGAGUCAUGUACACUCUGACCAGAAACUGCAGCCUUGGAGAUUUUGACAACUGUGGAUGUGAUGACUCCCGCAAUGGGCAACUGGGGGGUCAAGGUUGGCUGUGGGGAGGCUGCAGCGACAACGUGGGCUUCGGAGAGGCAAUCUCCAAGCAGUUUGUGGAUGCCCUGGAAACAGGACAGGAUGCCCGGGCAGCCAUGAAUCUUCAUAAUAACGAGGCCGGCCGUAAGGCGGUGAAGGGCACCAUGAAACGCACGUGUAAGUGCCACGGCGUGUCUGGCAGCUGCACCACACAGACCUGCUGGCUGCAGCUGCCUGAGUUCCGCGAGGUGGGCGCGCACCUGAAGGAGAAGUACCACGCCGCUCUCAAGGUGGACCUACUGCAGGGUGCUGGCAACAGCGCUGCCGGCCGCGGCGCCAUCGCCGACACCUUCCGCUCCAUCUCCACCAGGGAGCUGGUGCACCUGGAGGACUCCCCAGACUACUGCUUGGAGAACAAGACGCUAGGGCUGCUGGGCACUGAAGGCCGGGAAUGCCUGCGGCGCGGGCGGGCUCUGGGCCGCUGGGAGCGCCGCAGCUGCCGCCGUCUGUGCGGGGAUUGUGGGCUGGCGGUGGAGGAGCGCCGCGCGGAAACCGUGUCCAGCUGUAACUGCAAGUUCCACUGGUGCUGUGCUGUCCGCUGUGAGCAGUGCCGCCGGCGGGUCACCAAGUACUUCUGUAGCCGCGCAGAGCGGCCGCGGGGAGGCGCUGCGCACAAACCCGGGAGAAAACCCUAAGGGUCUCCUCUCCUGCCUCCUUUCCCAAUUUGUCCUUGGCUUCGUUUAGCGACCCCAGUAAUAGAGGAACCUAGGAAUUGGGGACCCCGCACUCCCCAAGUCCAGAGAUCCUGAGAGGGAGAGGAUGCAAUCUUUCUGGAGCUUGCCACUUCCCUAACGUUUCCCCAAUUUCUCUGUGCUCUCCUAGAAUUGGUUCUGCGUCUCCUCACAGCCCACACUUUGGUGUGAGACCUGUUCUAAGACUGCGCUAUUGGUCUUCCUUGGACUAGGGUGAAAAUAGGCGCUCCUCCCUGACCCCACCUCCCAACUGGCCUAAGCCUGACUAAGACUUGGGAACUAGAAGGACCCUUCUCAGAUAUGGAGGGCUCAGGUAAAGCCAUGUCUUUUUCUCUUGCCCAUUGUCUGCUACCAAGCCCGAUGGCAGGGGCAUUCCCUUCCUGCAGAGCCCUUCCCGAUCUUGCAACUUCCUGUUAUUGACCCAGAUACUCCCAGGAAUCUCUAAC